GUGCAGAUAGUGAUAGACCGCGUUAUCUGUGUUUUCUGUGAAUAUAAUAACAAUAAUAAUACGAGUAUAGAUAACAGAGAACUGAUUUAAUACACACAUUAUUAUUAUUCAUAAUAUUAGAUUGUUUUUAAAGUGCCGGAGUGGAAAUUCGUUAUUUCGUGGGACGUUCAGUCACCGAAUAAGUUUCAUUAACGGUAAACACUUGUCUACGUUGCACCUGGACUCGAGUGUCGAAUGUCGACUACCUACUUGAGCGAUGCGAGUCGUCAUUGGACGAAGAAUCACACUUAGACAUAGUUUUCUACCAUGUCAAAGUGCAACGUGACCACCAAUGCGAUUUAGUUGACAAAUAUUUUCACAAUUAUUACGAUAUUAAACAUAAUAUAUUCUUAAGACGCACGAAAUGACCAGUUAACAUUUGCUCGAUUCCUUCUGGCUUCCACCAUGUAUUUGACCAAUGUGAGAAUACUGAAAGUAUUCUCUUCGUAUAAGUUUCGCUUUUGUAUUGCAUUUAUUGUUGUACUCAGUUUUUGGCAGAUAUUCAGAGCCAUAACAAACAGUAAUAAACAGAAACUAAUUCAUUCUCCACGUGUUCUGAACCAUGACAACUCUUUAAUGGCUAACAGUGUAAAAGAUAUGACAUAUCUUCCAGUUGGUGUAUACUAUGAAGCAUUGUGUCCAGAUUCAAGAAAUUUUAUUCUUCAGCAUUUAGUUCCGUCUUUUAAUAAAGCACCAAAUAGUUUUGAUAUUGAAUUUGUUCCUUAUGGAAAAGCCAAGACACAUGAAAAUGCUGAUGGCUCAAUAACAUUUGCUUGUCAACACGGACCAAUAGAAUGCCAGGCAAAUAAAAUUCAUUCGUGUGCUACUCAACAUAUAAAAGAUAAAAAUGUUUUGGUCAAAUAUGUAUCAUGCAUGAUUGAUAAUAACUAUGAUCCAGAAAUGAUUGGAAUGUUUUGUGCCAAAAAAUACAAUGUUAACUGGAAUAAAAUUUAUGCUUGUUCAGAAGGGAAAGAAGGUGAACUAUUAUUAAAAAAAAACGGUGAAGCAACAGACAAACUAUGGCCCCAAGUUUCUUUUAUCCCAACUAUUUUGAUUAACCAUGAACAACCCAGACAAGCUUCUGUCUUGAAAGAUUUUUGGGGUGUCGCUUGCAGUUAUUUUCCUCCUGAAUCAAAACCUGCUGCUUGUUAAAUAUCGAAAACCAUCACUUUUUUUUAUUUACAAUGAAGGUAAACAAUAUUUUAUUAAAAGUUAUGAACUUAUUUUAAGAGAAUUUUGUGAUAUUUAAAUUAAACUUUAUACUUUUUUAUUGUUAAUUUGUAUUUGUUGUGACCUUAAUGGAAAAAUUCUAUAUAACAUGUGUAUAAUAUAAUAUAAUAAUUAUAAACUAAGUAUACUAUACAAAUUACAAAUAAAACUACAUUGUGUUGAACAUUACAAUUAUAAUUUGCUAUUACUUUUUCACUACUUAUU